AAAGAUGUGUGGACCACAGAUAGCGAGUGUAUAUCAAUUAAUCACAGAAGCGAGCUCAGCAAGAGGGCAAUGGAAGGAAGAGUAUUUAUGUUUAGCGUUGUCGCUACUUUUUGUUUUUUAAGCAUUAUCAUUGAAGCGUCAAGGCAACGUGAAGCGACAUACAACGGUACUGGCUGUGAUGUUGAUCGAUGUUGCCCUAUGGGUAUUAUAUACACAACUUUUGCUCAUAAUGGUGAUAUGCAAAAAUGCUGCAAACAAAUAUGUCCAAAGUCGAAACGAGGAAACAAUGUCCCAGAACAACGUUUUAUACAGGACGAAUUACUUGAAAAUGGCAUGGCUAUUUUAAGGUUUCUGCUGCAUAAGAAAAAAUACAAAGCAGAUUUUGAACAAUACUUGGAGCAAUCAUAGCCUGACGACAAGAGUGCAUUCCUACAGUGACUUUCUCAGGAGCUGAAGAUUUAAAUUUCAUCCUUAUUAAUUAUACAUAAAUAGAUAUUAUCAUUUUCAUAUCUCAAAUAGUAUCAAAAUUUUAAUUUACUGUGCAUUCAAAUGAACUGAUAAAGGUCAUCACAUGUAUAAAAGUAUCAUCACAAUUACAGUAAAGGUAAACAGAAGCCUAUGUAUGCCAAGCUAACAAUUUUGCAUUAUAAUAAAGUUAGUGUUUUUUUAUUUUUUAUUUUGUGGAGCCAUAUAUGAAUAUAAAUAACGUUUAAUAUUGUUGCAACGAUGUGUCAACAUUAUUUUCUUCUGAGUACUAUUUUUGAAUUGUAUUUAAAUGAAAAGGCUAUCAUAAGAUGUGAACCU